AGCGGGGUGAGAGAGUGUCCAAAACCGCCUCUGACCGCCACUUUCAAACUCGUCUACUAAAUCGUGUAGAAUUUCAAGCUCUCAUUCCCAGCAACACACAACAACCCUCGGAGACCUGUGAUUAUUUGGAAAUAACAUUGACGCCGAGGUCAUAUGCAACUGAUAUUCCCGCCACUGGUCUGUGUGUCUUAUGACAGCUGGAAGAACUUAACAAGUUGAGUUGUUACAGAAGAUGUUAAAGAAAUGAUAGCAGCACCAGAAUUGCAAACGGAGUUUCAUUAUCCUCAGGACACGGAUACACGCUUCUCCUCGGACACUGAUUUCGAUGAUCCUGAUGGCAGGAUUGCAACUCAAGGCAAGGGGAAGGCCAAGAAGGGCAAGAAAGGCCCGGGUGAGAAGGGCAGAGGUGGAGCGGUGGGCAAGGGAGGACUCGGCCGCAUGAAUGGACACCACCAGGAGAACGGCAUGGAGAGCAUGAUGCUGUUUGAGGUGGUCAAGCUGGGCAAGAGUGCCAUGCAGUCUGUUGUUGAUGACUGGAUCGAGUCAUACAAGAACGACCGGGACAUCGCACUCCUGGACUUGAUCAACUUCUUCAUACAGUGCUCAGGAUGUAAAGGAGUGGUCAGCAGUGACAUGUUCCGGCAUAUGCAGAACUCUGAGAUCAUCCGCAAGAUGACGGAAGAGUUUGAUGAGGACAGUGGCGACUACCCUUUAACCAUGUCGGGGCCGCAGUGGAAGAAAUUCAAGGCCAGCUUUUGCGAGUUCAUCGGCGUGCUCGUGCGGCAGUGUCAGUACAGCAUCAUCUACGACGAGUACAUGAUGGACACGGUCAUCUCGCUGCUCACCGGCCUCUCCGACUCACAGGUCCGCGCCUUCAGGCACACCAGCACGCUCGCAGCCAUGAAGCUGAUGACAGCCUUAGUGAAUGUGGCGCUGAACCUCAGCAUCAACAUGGACAACACGCAGCGCCAAUACGAAGCCGAGCGCAACAAGAUGAUCGGCAAGCGCGCCAACGAGCGGCUGGAGCUGUUGCUGCAGAAGCGCAAGGAGCUUCAAGAAAAUCAGGAUGAAAUUGAAAACAUGAUGAAUGCAAUUUUCAAAGGUGUCUUCGUCCACCGAUACAGAGACGCGAUCGCUGAGAUCCGUGCCAUCUGCAUCGAGGAGAUCGGUGUGUGGAUGAAAAUGUACAGUGACGCCUUCCUAAACGACAGCUACCUGAAGUACGUGGGUUGGACCAUGCACGACAAGCAAGGUGAGGUGCGACUGAAGUGCCUCACAGCUCUGCAGGGUCUUUACUACAACCGCGAGCUCAACAGCAAGCUGGAGCUUUUCACCAGCCGCUUCAAGGACCGGAUUGUAUCAAUGACGUUGGACAAGGAGUACGACGUCGCCGUGCAAGCAAUAAAACUGCUCACUCUUGUGUUACAUAGCAGUGAUGAGGUCUUGACCCCCGAGGACUGCGAGAGCGUCUAUCACCUGGUCUACUCCGCUCACCGGCCGGUUGCCAUUGCAGCUGGAGAAUUCCUCUUUAAAAAACUCUUCAGUCACCGGGACCCUGAGGACGAUAGCAUGCCCAAGAGGCGAGGCCGCCAGAGCCUGAACGCCACUCUCCUCAAAACCACCGUCUUCUUCUUCCUGGAGAGCGAGCUCCACGAGCAUGCGGCCUACCUGGUGGACAGCAUGUGGGAAUGUGCCGCUGACCUGCUGAAGGACUGGGAGUGCAUGAUCAGCCUGCUGCUGGACGAGACCUUACCAGGGGAGGAAGCUCUGACGGACAGGCAGGAAACGGCCCUGAUUGAGAUCCUGCUGUGCACCAUACGCCAGGCUGCCGAGUGCCACCCGCCUGUUGGUCGUGGCACAGGAAAGAGGGUGCUGACAGCGAAGGAAAAAAAAACACAGCUGGACGACAGGACGAGAAUGACCGAGCUCUUUGCCGUCGCCCUGCCUCCUUUGCUGGCUAAGUACUCCGUGGAUGCAGAGAAGGUGACCAACCUGUUGCAGUUACCGCAGUUCUUCGACCUGGAGAUCUACACCACGGGGAGGCUGGAGAAGCAUCUGGAAUCGUUGCUGAGACAAAUCAGGGAGAUCGUGGAGAAGCACACGGACACGGACGUCCUGGAGGUCUGCUCCAAGACCUUCCACUCGCUGUGCAACGAGGAGUACACCAUCUUCAACCGCGUGGACAUCGCCCGCAGCCAGCUCCUGGACGAGCAGGUGGACAAGUUCAGCCGGCUGCUGGAGGACUUCCUGCAGGAGGGGGAAGACCUCGAUGACGAUGACGCGUACCAGGUGUUGUCCACACUCAAGAGGAUCACGGCUUUCCACAAUGCCCAUGACCUCUCCAAAUGGGACCUGUUCACCAGCAACUACAAGUUACUGAACUCUGGCAUAGAGAAUGGGGAUAUGCCUGAACAGAUUGUGAUUCAUGCGCUCCAGUGCACCCACUAUGUCAUCCUGUGGCACUUAGCCAAGGUGUCGGAUGGCCCCUCCAAAAAGGAGGACAUGGUGACCCUGAGGAAGCAGAUGAGGGCCUUCUGCCUGAUGUGUCAGCGCUAUCUGACCAAUGUCAACACUGCCGUCAAGGAACAGGCCUUCACCAUCUUAUGCGACGUGAUGAUGAUCUUCAGUCAUCAGAUCAUGUCUGGUGGUCGCGAGAUGCUGGAGCCUCUGGUCUACAGUCCAGACUCCUCCCUCCAGUCGGAGCUGCUCAGCUUCAUACUGGACCACGUCUUCAUCGACCAAGACGAUGACUCCAGCACCGAUGGACAACAAGAUGACGAAGCUGGGAAGAUCGAGGCCCUGCACAAGAGGAGGAACCUCCUGGCCGCCUACUGCAAGCUCAUCAUCUACAACGUUGUCGAGAUGAACACUGGAGCCGAUAUAUUCAAGCAGUACAUGAGGUAUUAUAACGACUAUGGAGAUAUCAUCAAGGAGACCAUGAGCAAGACGAGACAGAUUGACAAGAUCCAGUGCGCAAAAACACUAAUCUUGAGCUUGCAGCAGCUGUUCCAUGAGAUGGUGUCGGAUCUGGGCCUCAACUUUGACCGCUCGUCCUCGUCCUUCUGCGGGAUCAAAGAGCUGGCGCGGCGCUUCUCGCUCACGUUCGGCCUGGACCAGGUCAAGACCAGAGAGGCCAUCGCCAUGCUGCACAAGGACGGCAUAGAAUUUGCCUUCAAGGAGCCCAGUCCGCAGGGGGAGGGCAACCCACCGGCCCACCUGGCCUUCCUGGACAUACUCAGCGAGUUCUCUUCCAAGCUCAUGAGACAGGACAAAAGGACUGUUCACACGUACCUGGAGCGGUUCAUGACGUUCCAGAUGACCCUGCAGAGGGAGGACUGCUGGCUGCCGCUCAUCUCCUACAGGAACUCGCUGCAGGCGGGCGGAGACGACGACACCAUGUCGGUGGUCAGCGGCAUCAGCAGCCGCGGCUCCUCCAUCAGGAGCAAGAAGGCCAAACCCGCCACGGGCAAGAGGAAACUGGCCGAAGCAGAGGAGAGCAGCAGCAGUAGCAGCGACAUGUGGCUGAACCGCGAGCAGACUAUGCAGACGCCCGUCAUGAUGCCCUCGCCGCACCUCACCUCCACGGCCAUGCGCGACCCCAAGCGCAUGCGGCCCGAGGACAGCUACAUGGGCGUGUACGGCAUGGCGCCCGACCAGUCGCAGCAGCCGCCCACCCCGCAGCCCCAGCCGCCUCCGCAGCAGCAGCAGCCCCCCACACCCCAGCAGCACCCCCACCCGCAGACCCCUCAGCCGCAGCACCACCACCAGUCCCCCAUGGACUACAACACCCAGGUGUCCUGGAUGUUGGCUCAGCGGCAGCAGGAGGAGGUGCGGCAGCAGCAGGAGCGCGCCAUGAACUACGCCAAGCUCAGGAGCAACCUGCAGCAUGCCAUUCGCAGAAACACAGGUCUCAUGGAGGAUGAUGAAGAGCCAAUCGUAGAGGACGUGAUGAUGUCAUCGGAAGGUCGUAUCGAGGACCUCAACGAGGGCAUGGACUUUGACACCAUGGAUAUUGAUCUGCCGCCAUCGAAAAAUCGCCGGGAGAGGUCAGAGCUGAAACCCGACUUCUUUGACCCGGCAUCGAUCAUGGACGAGUCUGUCCUUGGAGUUUCCAUGUUUUAAGAUAAUAUUUGGAGGAUGAAGAGACAUUUUGAGAGCUUAUAGAUGCAGUACAGAUGUAUUUUCUUAAAGAGAAUAUUUCUGAUCUGGGCUCCAUGGACUUCAGGGCAUCAGGAGACAGCGUGGCUCAGUGGGGGACUUGGCUUAAAACAGAAAUCAGACAAAACAGACAAAACAUGUUCAGUCAUGGGGUAAGCUUUCCCUGCAAGGUUAUAAAAUGGUGGCGGCCAGAUCGUGAAAGCUAUGAAAAAGUUGUAUUUGUCUGCCACAUUUGAAUAUAAUAAAUAUAUUUCAAAAUGGAGCAAAUGCCAUCUUGUUUUAAGAAAUAAUUCAUGAGAUUGCUCAGACUUGUGGUAUUUCUUUAACAAAAAAGAAAAAAAUGAAUGCGUCUUUUGUAACUUAAAGAAUUUGUUUAAUGUAUAGCCCUUUUGUAAUAGUAAGUAAUCAGGUGUAAAGUAGUAAUUUAUAAACUGGUUAUUCAUCAUAGUAUGUAUUGAGAUUUUAACUGAGCUUUCCUUUAUGUAAAAAACUAGAGGGUUUCCUCUAGAUCUAUUUUGUGUUUGUUCUUUUGUUUUUAUUGAAUUUUUUUCUUUCAUUUUAUCCUACCCUACCAAUGCAGUGACAUAGCCAACACAUGGUAAACACUGAAAUAGGGUGCAAUUAACCUUUGCCCUGUUUCUCAGAGAAUAAUAUUAUAGGAAGAAACCUUUGAGUUUCAACAACCAAACACACCCAAAGACUUUAACAGUUUACUUGUCCUUUUUUGGAAAGAGAAAUGGUUAAAUUUUCAGUGGAGAUCUUUCCAGUCGUGCCAUUGUGUUGCUCCCUGCUAGAGCAAACCUGAGUUGUCUAUUGGCUGAGAAGAAAACAUUUUUCCUCAAAUUCAGCUUAUUAGAGUGUUGGAGUAGGCAUCACAUUUUAAAUAAAUAAAUAAAUAAAUAAAUAAAUAUAAAUUUGGUGCUGAUUUUAUAAUUGUGUGUUAUUUUUUUGUCUUGAUUUUGAACACCAACCUAGAGGUCUUUUGAAAUGUAUAAGAAGCUGUUUCAAGAUGAAAGCAUGUAUAGUCAUGCAUUAAGGAAGAUUUUUAAAGUUUGUAUUUUAUAUUGUUUUGUGUCUUUUCUCUAUAUGUUUUUUUUUGUCUUAAGAAGUCUGGGUUUAUACUUUCUUUCCUAAAUGUAAACAUGACAUUCAGCUUUAAGUUUUCCAAGAUAAAAGAAAAACUCUCUUAAAAUAUUUAAUCAAAAGAAAUUAACCUCUUAUUUUAAUGUACACUUUGAAUUGCUUUGGCAGCUAAACAAAGCUAAACUAUGACAUUAACUUAUAGUACAUACUUGUACAUUCUAUGAAGUGUUUUGUCUAAGGUAUAUACUUUUUAAUCAUUCCAUGCCUUGGCCUUAAAAUACGCUUGUAAAAAUGUUCUCAAAAAAUGAGAUCUUCCAAUGUACUUAACUAAUGUUGAACGUUUGGCAUAUUGAACUCCUGCAAAAUACCCCCUAAAUUCAUUUUAAAACUCAAGUGUAUGGCUACAGAAAGUAAGACGUUUGUGUGAUUUAAGUGAAUAUUUGGGUAAGAGAGAGUGAUAUUGUUUUUGUGUUUUCUCACACCACUACAUUGGCAGAACUGCUGAUUAGAUUGUGUAAAUAUACAUGCAGAAAUAUACAUGCAUUUUAACGUAAAGCUUUAUUUUCAGAUGUCUGUUUUCUUUAACAUUUCUAAGUAUGUUAUUUACCCUCAUUACAGAUGUACCCACACAAUUUACCUAUUGUUUCAUCCUCCUGUCAUUCACUGUACUGUUUUUGAUUUGUAUCUGUCUGAAGACAGUAACUUUUUAAAAUAAAACAAACUUCCUUUGUGUGACUAA